AUGACUGCCUGGAAAACCAUGCUGCUGCCAGGCAACGAAACGGGCUACGUCUGGACCGAGUUAUUAAACACCGGCAACCUGACGGCGGGUGCCGGUGAAGAAGACCACGGUGGUGCGGAGGCGGUGAUUGUUCCGGUGAUUUUUGGAUGUAUAUUUUUCCUGGGUGUCGUCGGGAACUCUCUAGUGAUGAUAGUAAUAGGGAAAAUCAAGGCCCGGCGCAACAGAAGUACGACAAACAUUUUCAUCCUUAAUUUAAGUAUAGCGGAUCUAUUGUUUUUGCUAUUCUGUGUUCCGUUCCAGGCGACUAUAUACUCCCUACCUGAGUGGAUAUUUGGAGCCUUUUUAUGUAAAUGUGUUCACUAUUUGGUGAUGGUGUGUAUGCUGGUGAGCAUCUUCACGCUUGUUGCCAUGUCAGUGGACAGGUACAUAGCUGUUGUACACUCCAAAAAGUCCCCCUGCAUUCGCAACAGGAGGAAUGCCCUCAUAGGGGUCGGUGUUAUAUGGACGCUAUCGUUCAUAUUCUCAAUACCAGUGGCGCAACACCAGAUACUUACUGACCAUCCGGAAGCGCCAAACAGUUCGUUCUGCUGGGAAGCGUGGUACGCAAGCGGUUCCAAACACACCUACAAAGUCGCUAUUUUAGUCAUUGGCUAUCUGUUGCCGUUGGGGUUGAUCAUAUGCUGCUAUGCGAAG